AUGGACCUGGUGCCCUCGGUGGUCCGACUUGAGGUCCAGGAAGCCAUUCACACUGUUUCAUCUUCCAAGGAUGGGGGCCAUAUCCUCUCCACCCUGGGCUCCCUGAAGCGCUAUCUGGGUGAGAUGGAGAAUGCAGCCCCGCUGGGGGAGAGGGAGGAGUUUACCACGGGGCACUUCGCCGCCUUCCUCAGAUGUCUUGCCAGCAAGCUGAGCCCAGACUGGCUGGAGCUGGUGCCUGACGGCCGGCUGGAGGAACUGUGGGGCAGCUUCUUCCUGGAGGGCCCAGCCGACCAAGCCUUCCUGGUGCUGAUGGAGUCCAUUGAGGGCAUUGCUGGCCCCAGCUUCCGUCUGAUGAAGAUGGCGCGGCUGCUGGCACAGUUCCUGAGGGAGGGCCGGCUGGCAGCACUGAUGGAGGGGCAGUGUUGGCGGCAGAGGCAGCCCGGCUUCCCCCAGCUCUGGGAAACGCUGCUCAGCAGGGUGGUGGGCUUGCCCGAUCAGCUGGGCAACCGUCUGCAGCGGGAGAAUCUGGACGAGUUCUUUCCCCAGAACUACUUCUCUCUGCUCGGCGAGGAGGUCGUCCGGGUGCUGCAGGCGGUCGUGGACUCUCUCCGAGGUGGCUUGGACUGCUCUGUGUCCUUUGUGUCUCAAGUCUUAGGGAAAGCCUGUGUCCAUGGGAGACAGCGGGAGAUCCUGGGUGUGCUGGUGCCCCAGCUGACCACACUCACUCAGGGCAGCUGCCUCUGGCAGCGGGUCUGCUGGCGCCUGGUGGAGCAAGUGCCGGACCGGGCCAUGGAGGCUGUGCUGACAGGCCUCGUGGAGGCCGCUCCCGGGCCCGAAGUCCUGUCACGACUGUUGGGAAACUUGGUGGUGAAGAACAAGAAAGCCCACUUUGUGAUGACCCGGAAGCUUCUGUUCUUACAGUACCAACACCCGGUAUCCAUGCUGCAGAGCCUGCUGGGCCACCUGGCCAUGGACAGCCAGCGGCGCCCGCUCCUCGUGCAGGUGCUGAGGGAGCUGCUGGAGACGUGGGGCAGCAGCAGCGCCAUGCGACACGCGCCCCUGCCACAACAGCGCUACGUCAGCAAAGCCAUCCUCAUCUGCCUGGCACACCUGGGGCAGCGAGAGCUGGAGGACAGCCGGGACGAACUGCUGGCCAGCAUGAUGGCAGGUGUGAAGUGCCGCCUGGACAGCAGCCUACCCCCUGUGCGCCGCCUGGGCAUGAUCGUGGCCGAGGUCAUAAGCUCCCGGAUCCACCAUGAGGGGCCUGCCCUGAAAUUUCAGUAUGAAGAGGACGAACUGAGCCUGGAGUUGCUGGCCCUGGCUACCCCCCGGCCUGCGGGUGAUGGCGCCACAGAGGCAGGCACGUCCCUCAUGCCAGCAGCUGGAGAGACCCCUGCAGAGACUGUGGCUAGUGCUGUCCCCCCGUCAGGGCCAGAGGACUCUGUCUCAGAGCUGGACAGUGAUGAUGAGUUCGUCCCCCAUGACAUGUCGGGGGACAGGGAGCUGAAAAGCAACAAGGCUCCCAUGUACCUCCGGGACUGCAUGGAAGCCCUGACCACAUCUGAAGAUGCAGAGCGCUGGGAAGCAGCCCUGGGUGCUCUGGAGGGCCUGGUCUACAGGAGCCCGGCGGCCACUCAGGAGGUGAGCGUGGAGCUAGCCAAGGUGCUACUGCACCUGGAGGAGAGGACGUGUGUGGCAGGAUUUGAGGGGCUACGCCAGAGAACCCUGGUGGCUGUUACCAUCACGGACCCAGCCCGGGUCACCGAGUAUCUGACUUCGCAGUUCUAUGCCCUCAACUAUAGCCUGCGGCAGCGCAUGGACAUCCUGGAUGUCCUGACGCUGGCUGCCCAGGAGCUGUCUCGGCCUGGGCGCCCAGGGCGGGCUCCCCAGCCUGGCUCCCCCAACCCUGGCACCCGGUGCUUGCCGGCUCAGGCUGCCUCUCGGCCUGGCAGCACGGUAGCUCCCGACUGGCGGCUGGUCGUGGAGGAGAGGAUCAGAAGCAAGACCCGGCGGUUCUCCAAGGGCCCUCCCCGGCAGGGAGCAGCAGGCGACCCCAACGAGUUCAACUCUGUGGCUGGCUACUUCUUCUUCCCCCUCAUUCAGCGCUUUGACAGACCUCUGGUGACCUUUGACCUCUUGGGAGAGGACCAUCUGGUUCUCGGAAGAUUGACCCACACCCUAGGGGCCCUGAUGUACCUGGCUGUGAAUACCACAGUGGCUGCGCCCAUGGGGAAGGCCCUGCUGGAGUUUGUGUGGGGCCUGCGCUUCCACGUUGAUGCCUACGUGCGCCAGGGCCUGCUGUCUGCCAUCUCCUCUGUUCUGCUUAGCGUGCCUGCCCAGCGGCUGCUGGAGGACCUGCCGGACGAGCUGCUGGAAGCUGGGUCCUGGCUGGCAGAUGUGGCCGAGAAGGACCCAGACGAGGACUGCAGGACACUGGCGUUGAAGGCUCUGCUGCUGCUGGAGAGGCUCAGGGACAGGCUUCUCCCACGUUCCUCUCCGUAGGCACCUGGGGACGUGCCCAUCACAGCCCAUCCAGGGCCACCCCCCACGGGAAGCAAGGAAGGCCAAGGGCCUUGCAGAAGGCCCCAGGAGCGGCGCCGGCAACAUCUGGGCUUUAUGGCACAGCCAGGUCUGCAGAGACAUCUGGCACAGAGUGUGCAGACGGAGGAAAGCCCACCCCGCCCUUGCUGCUAUUAAUAGCUGGCAAGUCUGAGUGUCCAGCUAAAAAUAUCCAAGGGCCUGGGCGCCGCCUCUGCAGGAUAGAGCAGCCUGAGUGCAGGGCUGGAGCCAGGGUGCAGCAGCAGGGGUUGAUUCCUACAGGGAGGGGAGAAAGGGCACUGCCACUCACAGUCCCCAACGUGCUCCUGUGAGAGGACACCAAGAGGACAGCACCGUGUCCCCAGAAGAAUAAAAG